CUAACUUCAGUCCUUUUACUUAACUACUAUCAAUGGUGAUGUGAUGUUUCGCACGUAUAUAGCCUCCUAUUAGGCGAAAACCUAUUCGGGUUUCGACACGUUGUCCGUCGUUUUCCGGUUUAUCCAACACCUUUCUACUUCUUUCCUACCCUCUUAAUUUUUUGGAUUUUUGGAUUUCGCGUUGAGUUUAGAUCAACGCAGGUAUUUCUCGUCACAGGUUCCUCGCUUUGGACACCCGUAAUCCUCGAAACAUGCAACUCACUGCAGCUGAACUCCAGAAGAGACACGAACUCGAAGGAGCUCCUGACCCAUUUCCCUCUCUUGGGGAGACGACAGCCGUUAAGCCCAGACGUGCCGUCCAGGUCCCUGCCGACGCUGACUCGCAAGCGGAUUUCCCCACUCUCGCCACUUCCACGCCUGUCGCUGCUACACCUGGAAAGUCUGCCUGGGGCUCUGAUGCUGGCCCUCGCAUCAAGGCUACUGUCAAGUCUACACCAGUCAUCACAGAUUAUCUCACGGUCACUCAGGUCGAAACUCCCGUCAAGGAUGGUAGACAAACUUCGCUCGGUGAAAUCAUGAAGCAGGUCAUGAUAAAGUACAGGGUCAAAAUAGAGGCAUCGACAAAUCAGAGUCGGCAGACUACCUUCCACUUGAAGGGCGAGACUCAAAAGGACCUUGACAAGGCUAAGCGUCACUUGUUGGCCACCUUGAGCCCUGUGGUUACUUUGAUUUUGAAUGCCCCUGCGUCUACCAUCGCUGCUCUAAUCGGACCCAAGGGCGCUACUCUCAAGAAGGUUCGCGAGGCUACAGGUGUUAAGGUCGAUAUUCCUCCCAAGGAUGGUGCCCCCAACGGACAGGCAAGCGGAACGAACGGAACUUCUACCCCCCUCCCAGGCGACGAGGAAGAGGAGGUUAUGGUACCCGUUACUAUCACUGGCUCGCGCCCGCUUGCCCUGGAAGCUCAGGCAAUGCUCAAUGAGAUCAUCACUUCUCGGACUUCACAACUCACCCAAAAAAUUCGAGACAUUCCGGCUCAUAUUCUACCUUUCGUCCUUAAUCGUCGCAACCACUUUAUUGAGGUAGCGCAAGAAUCCUACGUUAAUCUCGCUUUGAACCAAGCUGAGCGGGAGAUUACUGUCAGUGGAGAUCGCGAGGGCGUCGUUCGUGUCGUCGAGACCAUCAAAGCUACCGUUGAAGCAUUCAGGACGAGCCUAACUAGCCUCAAAAUUUCUUUGCCCAAGCGCCAGCAUCGUCUUCUUGCUGGCAAAGCGGUCGACGAGAUUUUAGUGGAGAGCAAAUGUUUGGUUGAAGUUGCUUCCCCCGAGGAUCUUGGCGACGAUGUCACGGUGUGGGGCUUGGCGGAUAAUCUUCCCACUGGUUUAGGUGCUGUCAUGGCCAAGGCAAAUUCUCAAUUCAUCCACGAGUUCCCUCUUCCUGGCCCUUUGGCGGUUUCGAAGCAAAUUCUCACGUAUAUGACACGGAUCGACUACGAAGGAACCUUGGCUAGUGCUCAUCCUGAUGCCUUGAUCUUUACACCAUCUCCGGCCGCCAUCGCUCAAGCAUCGGUUCUAAACAUUGACAUAGCUGGUGAGAAAUCUGUGGUGGACGCGGUGGUUAGGCAGAUCUCUGAGUUGAUCGGCAAACUUAUCGGUGCAACGAGGGAAGUUUCGGUCGAAUGGCUCGUCCAUCGCAUUGUCCAGGGCAAAAAUGCUAAAAAAUUGAAGCAGUUCCACGAGGCGCACAAUGUCCAAGUCUUCUUCCCGCCAGAAUCUGCCGAGCAAUCCCAAGUUCUAUUGGUUUACGAUCCCCUUUCUCCAUCAGCGUCGCCUUCGCCUGUGGAGAAAGAGAAGCAUUUGAAUAUUGUUGUGGAAGAGCUGCUCACGAUGGUCAAGGAAGCUGGGGAAGUGAAAAGCCAGCUUGUCCCGGUUGAGAAGCGCUGGCAUGAAGCUGUUGUCGGUCAAGAAGGCACCACUUUGAAUGCUAUCAUUGGUGAGGAUACCACGCUCUCUAUCAAGGUUGGUGCACAAGCCGGCGACGCAUCCGACGAAGAUGUCAUCCUUGUCCGAGGGGCUAUCAUCGACGUCGAUCGUGCGGUCAAAGAGAUCCUUCAGGUCGUCGAGGAUGCCAAGAAUGACGCCAUUGUCAGCAGCUAUUCAAUUGAAUUUGACAUUGAUCGGGAGUAUGUUGGUCGCGUCGUCGGCGCACAGGGCUCAGGUGUCAAUAGACUUCGCGAUGCUCUUGGUGUUAAGGUCGAUUUCUCGGACGAAGCUGAUGAGAAGGAAAAAGACGCAGGCAAGAAGAAGAAGGCGGCGGUCACUCAUCAAAAAUCCAAGGUCAAGAUUACAGGUCGCAAGGAAAACGUAGAGGAAGCCAAAAAACGAAUCUUGUCGCAAGUCGAGAGGCUCGCCGAUGAGACCUCUGAAGUCUUGAAAAUCCCCAACCAGUACCACGCUCAGCUCAUUGGUCAGAGUGGCAAGUACGCCAUUCGGUUGGAGGAGAAUUACGGUGUCAAGAUCACAUUCCCUCGUUCAUCCGGCGAGAACGGGGAGGGCAAGACAAGGGAGCAACUCAAGCCUGAUGAGGUUCUCAUCAAGGGUGGCAAGCGGGGUGUUGCUAGCGCAAAGUCCGAGUUGCUUGAAGCUCUGGAGUUUGAGAAGGAAAACAAUAAAGUACUCACAUUCGACGUUCCCUCUCGUUCCGUCUCCCGUAUCCUUGGCAAAGGUGGUGCCAGCAUCCACGAGAUCAAGGACGACACCGGUGCUCAAAUUGAUGUCGAUAAAACCGGCGAUGGGAGCAGUUCUGUUACCCAAAUUACGGUUCGUGGUACAAAGGAGGCAAUCAAUGCCGCGAAGAGCGCCAUCCUGGCUAUAGCUGAUCAAGUCGGCGAGGAAAUCACAGCAUCCCUGGUUAUCGAGCCCAAGUUCCACCGCACCAUCAUCGGUGCUGGUGGCCAGGGUUUAAAAGAUCUCAUCAACAGGUGUGGCGGUCCUUCUGACCCUAAGCUUCAAGCUGGGCUUGUCCGGUUCCCUCGCCAGGGUGAAUCCUCUGAUGAUGUUCGCCUCCGCGGAGAGCCCAAGUUGGUUAACAAGGUCAAAGAGGAACUCGAGAAAAUAGUGGCCACGUUGCGUGACCGUGUUGUUCUGGCUGUAGAGAUCCCUGCGUCCCAGCACCGUAAUUUGAUCGGCAGAGGUGGCCAACAUCUGAAUGACCUUCAAAAUCGAACUGGAGUUCAAGUACAGUUCCCUGGAUCUCGCUCGUACAAUCAAUUUGGCGACCCCGAAAAUGCAAGUGAGAUGGCAGACGCUGAUCCGGCCAACAUCGUCAAGGUUUCUGGUCCUCGCAAAGCCUGCGAGGCAGCAGUUGAAGAGCUCAAGACCCACGUGAAGCCUGCUGCUCCUGAGGGCGUGACAGCCAUUGUCUCGGUACCACUGAAGUACCACCACGUCAUUUCACAGCAGGGCCAAUUCUUCCGUACUUUGCGCAACUUCGGGGUUUCCGUCGAGCAAUCUGGCAAGCCUCAGAAGCCAGCAGUCCCUACUGCUCCCCCUCAAAAUGGCUCUACGACCGCCCGCAUUGAUGAUGCUGAGGAUGUCCCAUCCAUCGAAAUUGACUGGCAGGUCGCUGAAAACUACUUGGACGCUGAGGAAGGUGACUCGGAGUGGACUUUGAAGGGCAGUGACGCUGCUGGACUGGAGCGGGCCCAAAGCCUUAUCCAGGACGCUAUUGCGCAAGCUGCAGCUAUGACCUGUGUGGGCUUUUUGAGUCUCCCUGAUCGCUCUGCAUUCCCGAGAAUCGUGGGUUCAAAGGGGUCUAACGUCACUCGCCUUCGAAACGAGACCGGCGCUGACAUUACAGUCGGCAGAGAGAACAGUACCAUCAUCAUCAUCGGUUCUGAAUCUGCUGUUGAUGCUGCCAAAGAAGCAAUCUUGAAGCAAAUAUCAAUGUCUGGCCGUCAUGCACGCCAUUGAGAUGUUAAUCAUGUCCACCGAUGUUGUUGGGUUUUAGGUGUACAUCAUGCUGUUGUGUUAAAAUCAUUGA